AUGGCCGCCGUCUACAGUUCAGCAACAUCGAUGGAAGUUCCCCAAACGCAAAACACAGCGCCCGUCCUCGAAUUCAGAUGUCUCUAUACCCAGCAAAUACGGCAGAAGGCGAAACGUUGGCAAGAUGGCCGGCUCAAAUAUCACACAUUCAACAAGCGGGUCAUGGUCUACGAUGAACGGUCGAACUUCGUGGGCGAUACACAUUGGCAGGAGGAUACAGAGCUUGAUGAGGGGGAAGACCUUGAACUAGAACGCAACGGGUUCCUAGUUCAGGUAGCAGAUUUCAUUGGCAAGAGAGAUCAGGACCUCACAGAAAUCGUGGACAAGAGGAUCAAGGAGAAAGGAGAGAGGGCCGCGGCGAAACUCACAGCGUCGCCCGCGGUUGGACGGGCUCAAGAAUUCGGUACACCAGCGCCUUAUUUGAAGCCAAAGCCUCUCAAUACAUUGUUAACCCCUACUGGACACUAUGGAAGAGCUGUAGUGUCGGGUAACUCUCCGUUUGAGGAAAAGCAAUAUGUCAAUGGCAGUGGGGGUGGGAACGAAAAUGAACCACCUGCGAAAAGACGGAAGCAAAACGAGUCUUCACAAAGCAAGAAUGGGUACGCUCAGAACUUGAUGGGCGCCUCCUUAACUUUGGCAUCUUCGAAACCUCCAGGUACAGCCUCGAUACGCUACGAGCCCUUCAAGACGAAGCCCUCUAUAUCACAGCGGCCCCCAGUGACCAUAGAUCUCACAUCAGACGAUGACGGAGAGGUUGGAGCUGUCACUUCGAUGAAGUCUGGAGCAAGAGAAAGUAUCUUGGGGAACAGGCGAAAAAUGACACAGAAAACAAAACGACAUAAGUCCCCUCCGGCCAAAAGCACAUACGCCGGCAACCUUACAGGUGUUUCUUUGAGUUUGUCACGACCGGACCCAGUUCAGUCGAAACGACCAAGCAUUUUCCCCGCACUCAAACCAAGCUCAAACGGUCUGCGGGAUGGUUCAAAUUCUUCUACGGAGGAGAAUGAUAGCUUCCUGGAUAUUGAUCCUUCUAGAAACCCAACACCUGCACCACUUAUGAAAAGAAGAGAUGCGAAGACGACGAAGGCGAAACUAAGACCAAUAAGCCUCUCUCCUGCCUCCUCUUCACCGCCAAUCGAGCGCAGCAGCAAACCAAAAGCUGCUCUAAGAAAAAAGCUUGUUAAUGGCUCUCGUUCUUCUUCUCCAGUACCGGAAUGGCCACUCAAGAAGUGCAAAACUGUGCCAUCUGUUACACGGAAUGAGAUGAUGAAUCUUCUUCCUUCUUCGUCUCCGAUGAUUGGUCAUAUUUCUAGAAAGCAAACCCCUGUGUCGUCUCUUCCAAGGACGGCCGAUGUGGAUGUCACACGACAAACAGACAAACAGCCUGUGUCUGCUCUACGAAUAAAGGCUAGACCUCCACGAAAGAUGAUGAUGCUGAUGGAUCGCCCCAGCUCUCGCUCAUCUCCGCGUGAUGAUCUUCACCACCCCCCCAAAAUUGGUAAAAAGCAGGCCAAUACACCCGAUGAGAUUGUACAUUCUCAAGCAACACGGGACUUGGAUUCUUUUUGCCAAAAGCAAGAAGAGAGGUUACAAGCUCGUUUGGAUGGGCAGAGAACUAGGCCUAGCUUAGACCUCGAUGACUUCGAUUCUCCUCUACUUGAUACUGGAAUCAACCAUCAGGCAAUUGACAAAAUCUUGACCCGUAAACCAACUGUGGGCCAUUCAGUAGGCGUACCCGAGUCGAAUCGACCUACAAGUGCUUCGAAAGUCACCUCGAAAGAUCACAGUGUGCCGUCUGCGAAGCUUGUGGAUAACGGAGUCCAAGAGGGUGCAGCAGAUAAGAAUAUUACGGACCAACGAAUCUUUACUAGUAAUAUAGCGGAUCAACCUUCUUCCAAUGCAGUUGUUUCCGAGCAUCUAUCUUCAAAACUGCACGGAGAGGUUCGCCCAGUUCCUCCCAGGGCAUUGCUACAAGCCGAUGCCAAUACAAAUGGUUCGGACAAAGCAUGGGUAUUGAAGCCUCCCGAAUUCGUUCUUGAAAGCAACAAGGCGACUACUUUUACAAUAGAUGUUUCUAAACCAGCUUCUGAGGUCACUUCUGCAAAGGCUGUGGCUGUGGCUGUGACUGUCCCACCGGCUGAGACUACAAUCAACAAAGGGGAAUCUAUAUCCAAAACGACGCCUAGGAAUAUGCCUCCUCGACCUCACAAACCCCCCAAAGAUGUUAACGGGGCGCUCGAACCCACACUCGAACAUUUUCGAUCUCUCGUUAAAGCUUCUUCUACAACUCCAACUCAGCCAGAAGAGCCACCCACUCUCCCUGGAGAUAUGGGGACGGAACAUGCAGAAGAGCCUUUAAAUGAGAACUUAGAUCAACAAAAACCAAAGCUAGCAUCACCUGAAGUGCAUUUUGAGCAAUCGCACAACUCGCCUUCGGUCGAACAAGCUUUGCCGACCGAAGCUAGGGAUGCGAUUAGUUUUGGGUUUCGUUCAGCAAACGAUUUACAUGCUACCAAUGCAUCUGAAGUAGUCAAGUCCUUGGCGGCUACAAUAAUGAACCCUGCAACACGUGGGAAGUCCCUUCAGAAAACGGUUACCGAAAGCAAUGAUGCGAUGGCCCAGUCUUGGCAGGCCGUCAUGCCGCCGCCUCCCGCCCCGCGAAUCUUGCACCGGCCCGUAACCCGCGUGGUCUCGGGCCGGAACGACGUCGACGUUGUAGAGGAAGGGCAACAGAGUGGUGGUGUAGAUGACGUGUCUCUUGCUGGCCCUUGGAGCAGGGAAUCUUUUGAUUUGUUUGGGAGCUGGAGGCCUCCUGGUAGAAGUAGAGCAACAAAUGCUGGACCAAUAGCUGGCUAG